UCAGAGGGAAAAUCAAAGUAAGCUCCAUCAGAAGGUUCCACCUUCGGAAUUCUGCCAUGAUACAGACUUAUUGAUGAUAAUAUUCAACUUGAUAGGUUUAGAAUCGUGAAUAAGCAUCAGAGGAGAAGUCCCAAGAAAAGAAUCCAUUCUAGAAAAUAUAGCAAUAAUAGGAGUGAUAAUCUAGGCAGUGUAGGAUUAAAUAAAGAGUUUUAUCUACAAGCGAUUGAUAAAUUUAACCUCUGAGCCUCAUUAUCAACUCUUGGUAAACAUAGAAAGGCUGUGGAAUAUGCCCAAGCUGGUAUACUCCUAUUACAAAAGUAUUGAAUAGAGCCAGAAACUGGCUCGUAUCACUUGGAUGUGAUCAGAGAUAGCUCCUUUGCUCAAAGCCAAACAAUGUAUGUCUAUGUGGAUACUCUUGCGAGAGGAUUUUUCAACUUAGGGGCUGAACUAGAACAUCUUCAUCAAUACACUCAGUGCAUCAGAGCUUAUAAUGAGGCACUAAAGCUCACUAAAAUUAAUAAAAAGAACAAGCAACAGAUAGGAGAUGGUAGUGUAAAAUAAAGAACUAGGAUUUCUUAAAUACUUGAAAAAGAGUAUUCUCAGUGUUCAAGCUAAAAAGGAUCAGUAUGAGAACUUACAAGCAAGGAGGUCAAAGGAUAAAACCAAAAAUAAAUUGACUGAUAUUCUCAACUAUAACCCUCCUCUUAAGAGAGCAAAGUUAGUGAAAAGGCUGAAAGCUUCCAGAAGACCCAUGAUUCCAAGUUCAAAGGACGAUCUUGGAAUCCAGAGUAUGCUUCAUGUAUUCUCUAAAUCAAAAGAUAAGCAUAAGAAUAAACAAAGGAGUAGUACAUCUUAUAAUAAAAGUUUCAUUCGGUCGAAGGCCUCAACUGCGAUGCGGAACAGAAGAUCUCGACAGAAGUAUUCAAAUAAUAUGAGGAAUAGAUUAUCAACUGCGAAGAAUAAAAUGAAUGAGUAUGAGUACUCUAGUCAUCACAUGACACUGAAAGAUGUAGAGUAUAGCUUACCUAAGCUGCAUCCUGGAACUACCAAUUAUUCUAGACCAAGGAAGACUAAUUAUGACUCACUUUGCUUUAAGGAUAAAAACGAUAUGAUCAGGAAUAAAAAUUGGGUUAAAAGGCAAACCGACCAGUACAAAUAUCUUGCUGAAGGAGGCCUUAUAGCUGAGGACGCCAAGGAAAAGAAGACUCAGAAGCAUAAGAAAAAGCUUACUAGACUAAAGCAGUCAAAGAUGUCCAAGAGAGCAAGCAAAGUAGGCAAGCCAAAGACUGAUUUUGACUUACUUAAUUUCAACUUUGAUAAAGACUGGAGGAAUAUUCACAACUUAUCAAGAGACACUGAUAAUGUUCUGUAUGAUUAUGACCUGAACAUGUCCCCUACCGGGCACAGCAUGAACAAGAGUAGUGGGAGGAACUGAAAGUCCAAGAAGAGCAAGAGAUCUACCUACCAAAAGCCUACAGAGAUGAAUGCUGACUUGAACCUUGAGCUGGAAUAAUCUUUAGAUAACCCUUCUGUUUUCAAA